AUGACUUCUACAUUGUCAUGCCCCAUGCCACAAUCAUAUUCUCUCAUGGGCCUUCCACGCGAGCUUCGCGACAUGGUCUAUGCAAAUGUCUUCUCUUUCACCAGCUCGACAAGCAAAUCAACCACUCGACAACACAAACUAGAUUGUAGCGCCGAGCUUCCAACCAUCAUUCACCUGAGCACCAUCUCAUUCGACUGGCUCAGCCUGAUGCGAACGAACGGUCUAGUUGCAGAUGAGAUGCGGCAGAUCUAUCGCCUACCAUCCUACCAUACCACCACUGCCGAUCAAACGUGGUCUGCACAACUGAUACUCAACAACGACGAAUACACACUUGCAUGGACAUCAUUACCGUGCCCAUCCUCCUGCGUACGACACCUUUUGAUCGACUUCAAGAUCAACCUCACGCUUUCAAUGUUCGGCCACUGGGACAACGACAGUAAAAACAAACCAGGCAAAAUCUUCAAAGCACUGUUAGAGCUGCUGAAUCAAGUCGCUCGUCAUGGUCCCAACAUCACUGUCUCCGAUACGUUGCGCCAACCAAUCAUCUUCGAGACGAUAAGCCUCAACAUCUCGUUCGUCGAUGAAGAGAAGCCAUAUUUCAUGUCUUCUGGACCUGAAAGCGUUUACAUACUGGCAUACGGCAAGCGUCGCAUCUACAGCCGUCUGAUCGAGGAUGUCAUCACCGCGUGUGGAAACCACGUUUUAGAAGAGAAAGUCAGGCAUAUCAGCAUCCAAGGACCGAAGAGUCUGGGAUCACAAAAGACGGACAUUACAAUAGCGCACACUGAGAAUCGGGACAAAGUCAGUGAUCAGAAAUAG